GAGCUCUUUUCCCCUCUUUCAUGGUUACCGACUCGCUAGCUUCUGAGAAACCAGUGAGGAAUUCGCGAAAAAUACUCGGGAGCUGAGAUUUGGGUUUCAUCUCGUCGCUUUGGGCAUUGAUUCUAUUGGAAAAUGACGAAGUUCAGGAAGCUAAAUCGGCCGACGGGCCACCGUAUGGCCAUGCUCAGAACAAUGGUUUCACAAUUGGUGAAGCACGAGCGGAUUGAAACCACUGUUGCCAAGGCAAAAGAAAUACGGAGGCUUGCUGAUAAUAUGGUGCAGCUUGGCAAAGAGGGCACCCUUUGUGCAGCUAGGCGAGCUGCUGGUUUUGUGAGAGGAGAUGAAGUCCUUCACAAACUAUUUACUGAGCUAGCGUAUCGAUACAAGGAGAGAGCAGGUGGCUACACAAGGCUGCUACGAACACGCAUAAGAGUUGGUGAUGCUGCACCUAUGGCGUACAUUGAGUUUAUCGACAGAGAGAACGAGCUCAGACAAUCAAAACCGGCGGUCCCUCAGCUGCCACAGCGAGCCGCUCUCGAUCCCUGGAUGAGAUCCCAGCUCACCAGGAACUUUGCACCUCCCAAGGAGGAAAAGAAAUCUGAUUCGGAUUCCGACUUAUGAACAGGCACUGGACAACACAAAUAAACUGCUCCAAUACUGACAACGGGUUUUCUCCUUGUUUACUCAUCAUACGGUUUUUCAAGAUUUGGAUCGUGUAUAAUUAUGGAGGUCAUAUUUCCAUUGAUAUUUGUAGAACUGAUACGGGUCGGUCUGAGGCAUUUCUGCUCUGUUCUUGUCAGUUUGAAAGUCUCCAGCUGUGUGUGGGUGUGGGGCUUUGUGGGUUGUUAGCCAGAUGAAAUUUUGGAAGCCGAAUGAUGAGGCCGCCAUUGGAGAAUGACAUCUGGCUGUUUCUGGGUGGUGCAUCAAAGCUUUCGUUUUCGUUUCCUUUUGAGUAAUGCAAGGCAAUGAGAGCUACUAAAAAAAUUAUCUGGUGGAGAUUUGGAGAUGUGGUUUUGUG